AUGAGCUGCAACACUCUGACCGCGGGGGCCGGGGCCGGGGCCAUAACCGUGGGAACCGGAGGAGCAGUGAAAGAGGGCAAGAGACGGAAGACACACAGCAUCAACGAGAAACACUACCGAUUGUCCAUCAACAACAAAAUUCAGGAGCUGCGCAACCUACUGAACAUCGACCCCAAGGUGCCCAAGUCUGGUGUUCUGCAGAAAGCCAUCGAAUACAUCAAAUCCUCGCAGCAGGUGAACCACAAUCUCCAGCAGGAGAACCACAAUCUUCAUCAGGAGAACCUCAAUCUCCAGCAGGAGAACCUCAAUCUCCAGCAGGAGAACCACAAUCUCCAGCAGGAGAACCACAAUCUUCAUCAGGUGAACCACAUUCUCCAGCAGGAGAACCACAAUCUUCAUCAGGAGAACCUCAAUCUCCAGCAGGAGAACCACAAUCUCCAGCAGGUGAACCACAAUCUCAAGCAGGAGAACCACAAUCUUCAUCAGGUGAACCACAAUCUCCAGCAGGAGAACCUGACGCUCGAGAUGGCCAAUCAGAAUAACAGUACUUUUGGGAAUCUCGUGUUUGACAAGAGGCUGGAGAAGAUCCUUGAAGAGUUCUUUGACGAAGCGGAACUGUUUGCCUACGGUGAUGACGGUGGAGUUAAUAACAGUGAGCACAACGGUUCUGACAGCCAGGUGAUAACAUUACCUGCAGAGGAGGCGUUGCAAGAGGAUGUGGUGGGAACGGAAUCACGUCACGAACCAGACAACGUCACACGACCCUCCCACGGUCCAUCUUUGGAGGAAGGGACUCACACAUCGCUCGCAACCAGUCCCCAGUGCACAGGAGGACAGGGUGUAAAACGAAGGAGAUUACCUGAAGAAGACGAAGUGGAUGAUUCACCGAGCACCAGGCGUUUAAGGACUUCAGAGAAUAACAAACAAGACUACGAUGAGGAAGGACUAACAGCGUGGUCUGAUUCACUGGUUCAUGCAUCGGAUCAGGUAUCCUCGAGCAAUCCAGAGAGUGAAUUACCGCAUGAAAUCCCUCGGGAACGGUUCCGUGAUCACAAUUUAAACAGAAGGCUUGAUUAUAAUAUGUUGAGCCGUGUUAAUUGGUACUUUGAGAGACUUUUCAACUUGGCUGGACAACCACCAUCUUACCCUGAAGCAGAGGACAUUGUUGCUGGUGCUCUAAGCAUGAGUAACAUCUCAGAGGAUGUACGAGAACAACGCGUGGAACAGAGAUUGGUGGCAAAUGCAUUGUUGUUAAUGGGUGAGCGAUUAAAUCUUAUUCAGAGAAUGUUAAUGGAGUUGUACAGUCAUAUGAUGAGGAGACCGUAAUGUGGUGGUGUUUUCACGUUGCACACGCUUUGAUCGCCUAUCAAACUGAAACCACAGUCAAUUGAUCGAUGAUGAUAAGCUAAUUAAAAACACAUUAUACAGACACUUCUUAUUUACAGAGGUGGGAAGUAACUAAUUACAAAUACUUUUGUUACAAUACUUGAGUAUAUUUUUACAUUUUUUCUACUUUCGUGAGUAUAAUUAAAUUGUGGUACUUUUACUUGAGUAGAAUGAAACUAAAGUAUUCAACUUCACUACACUUUAUUUUUCAUGAAGAGAAUUUACUGAAUUUACGCCGAAAAUAUAUGCCACGCCGCACCGCAGUGUUCAGGUUUCACUCUCAUCACUGCACCGUGUGACGCUCCGUUCAAUAUUCCGCUCUAUUAAUGUGCAAUCUGCUCAAUUACCGCUCAUGCUCACCGCAUAAUUUAAAUAAAAUUCAUAUUUUAUGCCUUCAUUUGAUAACCAGGAAAAAUAGAAAGGAGAAAGGAAAAACCCUGUUUGCAGGACUAUACAUUAUUUGGAUAAUUAGUCAAAAACGACAACAGUUAUGUCUGAUUCUGUUGCAUAGAACUGAAUAAAAAUACAACCCCAA